CCAUUCCAUAGUUAAAUCUUGACAUAGGAGGCCUGGCAGGCUCACAGCAUAUUAUGGCAGUGACGGCUACCGGCAUAGGCAGUUCCCCACAUCAUAUGGUUUAUUAAUUGGGCCUCAGAAACAAAUCGUGUGAAUUAAUGUGACCGUUUGAAAGAAUGGAAGGCAGGCAGGCUAUGCUGUGCGACCGCAUAUAUUUUGAGGCCUAAGAGGCAGUUAUACGAAGGCAGGCUGACCAGGCAGAAUGUUUGUAUUAUUGUCAAAAUAGCGGGGUUAUACCUAUUAUAUUCCUCCUCAUGUUCCUUCUUCUCACAAUAUUCCAUUCAUUCAGUUUAAUCCCAUUCAUUCGAUUUACCUUAAGGCUUCUUCUAACUUAAUUAUUUCAACACCAUAUCGAACAAUGUCGUCCAAAGUUAUCGCAAAGAUUUCUCCCUUAGAUCUUCAAGACCUCGAUGCUCCCCCUACUGCAUCAAUCACUGAUGUCAAAUACUUGUCUUCAUACAAUUGGAUUGAAUCACCUAACCCUACCAUAGCUGUCCCUGGUAGCCCAGCACUUUGGAAUGCCCCAAAGGUUCCUCAGAGGCUAAAAAAGGACACCGGCCUUAUCUAUAUUGCCCAAAAUGCGGCUCGUCACCCCGACAGUCCGCUUGAGCCCCUAUUCCGUGCUCUCUACAUAACAGACCCCUCCUUCGACAUCCAAUCCGUUGAUGUUGUGACUGAUCGAAAUAAUAUCCGCAAACUUCUGACUUUUAUUGAUCCUACUGCUUCCAGAAACGGACUCGAGGAGUUCACUAUCAACAUCGAGGUUAACAAGAAUACUGCGAUAUUCAGCCGCGAUGAAACUGCCACCCAUGAGUUUAUCGGCCCUGAUGAGUUUAGGGGGUUUGGACACGAAUUCGAAAAGGCCUGUACAACUAAUAAGAUUGUUGGUAGUACUGGACACUAUAGAAUCAUCUCGUAUCGCUUUGGUGGACUGAGCAUCAUCGUCCGCCACGAGACAGACGGAUAUGUGGAUACUAAGGCGGGCUCAUCGUCGUCUUCAACCAAUAAAGUACAGUCGCCUGUUGACCUGACAAGCGUAUUCGAAUCACUGUCUCUGUCGCCGACGAACAGCAAUGCAGGGACUACUACUACUAAGGGGUCGAAGCUAGUUGUCCAACAAGAUGGCCAAGCAGUUUCUCUCAACUCGACGCUUGAAAUCAAAACUCGCGUGUCCCACAAGCCCCUCGAUAUUCGUGAGGUCACACCACAACUCUGGGUAUCACAGACCCCUAGGCUAGUACGAGCUUAUCAUCAGCGUGGAGUGUUCCAGAUUCCAACGGUGGAAGAUGUCACCGCUCAAAUCAAGAGAUGGGAACAGGAUAACCAAAGGCAUUUGAGAAAAUUGGCUGCGUUGAUCCGCAAAAUCGUCAAAAUCGUGAAGGAUUGUAACGAGAGUGUGACACUAAGGUAUGACGCCAGGGAACGCAAGUUGAUUCUAUCGAAACUCUCAACCCAGAAGAAGAUGCUCCCCCAGGACUUGUAUUCGAAGUGGGAUGCAAGCAGUAACCCCAAGACAGGGACUGACACAAACGUUGCUAAAGGGAAAGCCUAGGUUGCGACGGCUACACCCUUCUAGGAAGAUCUUUAGUUAGCACUUUAAGAUCAACGAGUUAGUCAGGGUAUAACCUGUUAUGCAUGUACGAAAUUGCGUUAAUCUCUUCUGGCUCCUAUGCCCUGGACCAUUACAGAAUGGCAUCGUAUCAGUGAUGUGAAAGAACCGCAUUUCUAGAUACGGUCCUUUGCCCAGGGAUGCUGGCGGUCAUAUCCAUCGCAUAGAGCUAAGUCGCGCUCAAAAUCUCCAUAUUCCUCGUGCGUUUCGAAGUGUGUAGUCCGCAUUAUCUUUCCGCGUUCAGGGGGUUGUAUUACUACAUGGUCCUUGAG